CUCCCUCCUUCUCUCUCUCUCUCCUUCCCCAAAGAGAAAGGAAGAGAAGAGGGUCUCCACUUUCUCUCUCCUCCUCCUUCACCAAGGAGGUAGGAGAAACAAACAACAGGAGAGAGAGAAAAAAUAUUUACAAAGAUGACCAACUCCGACCUCGUCGAAAAGAAGCUCCUUCUUGCCUUCACCGUCUCCUCGUCAUCCGAAAGCGAAACUGACGAAGAAAGAAUGACGACGGUCAUCUCCAACGACAUGUUCAUCAACAGAAAAAGAAUGCUGUCAAAGCAACUCUCAAUGAAGGAGACAACAAGAGAGGCGAAAUGGGAGCACCGCCGGCGACAAAUACUCCACAGGAAGAAGCGUGUAGUGGCGACGGAGGAUCAAGACCCCGUAGUUCUUGAUGAAGAAGAAGAGGAGAGGAGAGGGAGGGGGAAGAUGAGGAGCUUGACUGAUGAGGAUUUUGAUGAGCUUAGAGGGUCUAUUGAUUUGGGGUUUGGGUUCAAUGAGGAGGAUGGAGGGUAUGGUCUUCGUGAUACAUUGCCUGCGUUGGAUCUUUAUUUUAAGGUGAAUAGGCAGUUGUCCGAGCCAAAGCUCCGGUCGUCGCCAAGCCCAGCGUCGACACCGACGGUGGAGACGCCAAGCCCGAUGAGCCCAGAGGAGGACCAGAGGAAUUCUGUUGACUGGAAGAUCUGCAACCCUGGCGACAACCCUCAGGACGUGAAGAUGAGAUUAAGGCACUGGGCUCAAGCUGUCGCCUGUUCAGUCAAGCAAUGCUGUUAAAUUCGACUGCAACGAGAUAUUUUCUCUCUACAAAGAUGAAAAAGGCAAAAAUGAAAAGAAAAAGGAAAUUGGAGGAGGGAAUCAAUUAAUCAUUCAUCAUCUACAUUAAUUUAAUUACUAAUGAGACAUAACAUCUACAUCUUCAAAUGUGUUUCUUCUUUCCCCCUUUUAUCUUCGAUAGUAGCAGCGCCGAGGGCAGAAGAACAAGUUGCAGGAUGGCAUAAUUUUUUUUUUUUGCAUGAAGGAUCUAAAGCAAAUUUUUGGGGCAUAGAGAUAAAAGCCAAAAGUCCAGCCUUGACUGUUCAUGGUGCAUACAAGUAGUUACAGUUGAAAAUCUUUGUGGGUGAUCAAAUAUUAGGAGCAGUUGUUAAUUCUUAUGGGGGCGUAAAGUGUAAAGUCUUCUCUUUCUGAAUGCUGUUGACUCUCCAUCAUCAUCUUCUCUCUAUAAUCAGCCAAUUUUCUGGAUGUUCUCGUUU